AUGCUGCCUGGUAGCUCGCACCGCCGCUCCUCAGGCCGUGACGAGUUCGACGGACCUCACCAACUGCUAGCUAAGCCCACCAACUCACACCUCGAGACCCCCGAGUCAGAGCUGAUCCAGCUGCCUGUAUCUCUUUAUGCUGAAGAGCAGGACUCGAUACUCACGCGCGUCAACGACCGCCUCUCACAAUGCGCCUACGACUUUGUAGCCAAAUAUCAGUUCCCCAUCCCUCUGGAGCCCGACAAGAGACCCGUCCGCGUUCCUGCCGACCGCGAAUGGACGGAGUGGUGCUACCUGCUCAAGCGCCUAGCGACCAAACGCCGCAUCCCAGCUCGCGUUCUCUACAACGGACAGAUCAAACAAUUGGUGACCGUGUUGGAGAACUCGCUCGAAAUGCGCCAUGCAGCAAAACAUCAGAGCAGACCUCUAAAGGACGAUCGCAACGUGCUGCAGCUCAUUUCUGCCGGCUUGCAAGUCUCAAAGAUGCUCAAGGAUCCCGACGCCAUGAGGUAUCUCGAUGAGCUGUACGUUGCUGCCGAGCGCUUGAUUGAGAGCAGACGUGGUAAUCAGUCUGCUUGA